AUGGGCAGUCUUGCACGGAAGCACAGCGCGAAGAUUGCAGAGAGCGGAGGCGAUGAUGACCUGUCACCGUUUCAAAAAGUCCAACACUGGUUCGACGCAAUCAGCUCCAGCGACUACGAUGGCCACGAUGCUAUCCUUGGGCGAAUCCUCAAGCUCGAAUCAGUGACGUUUGCGCCAACCAGCAGCAAUCCUCACAACUCGCGCAAUGUUAUAAGCUUCACUGUGCCCAGACAGUUGUGCAACUCGACUGGCAUGCUUCAUGGCGGCGCCGUGGCCUUGAUCUUUGACAUUACGACGUCAAUGGCCAUUACGCCGUGUAUGCGCGACGGAUUCUGGGAUAGUGGGCAUGUCUCACGUACCCGUGAACACGACCUACCUGAGGCCAGCGGCUGA